CACGGCGCACUACACCAACGACGAGCUGCCAACGCACCCGUCGCUGCGGCUGCUGCACGACUUGCCGCAGCGCGUCUCGCUGAAGGUGGUGCGGCGCCUCAUCGUGAUGGAGAAGACACGCCCCGCGCCGUUCCCGCGGCCGUCGCGUGCGGUGUGUGCGGCAACGCGGCAGGCGCGGGACCUGCGUGCUCUGAUGGACGCCACCGAGCUCCCCGACAACAGCGACUACAUGCACUACCGCGCCAAACUGAUGCGUAAGCGCGAGGCAACGAGGCAGUACUUUUCCGCCACGGCUUCUGCUGCAAACAACAACACCGCCACGUGCAACGACGACGGCACCAAGGUCAGCAGCAGCAGCAGCAGCAGUGACGCGCUGUUGUGUGGGGCCCGGCCGAGCCGCAAGAAGAUGUCCAAAACAGAGCGGCAGG